AAUAAUUAAUGCAUGCGCAUCGUUGUCACGAUCAAAAAUCACCAAGCACCAAACCUCAAUAUCCACCCCACAACACCUCACCUAAUGCACAUUCGGUAGCACUGCCCUAUACCUAGCUUGCCUCCCGCCGGCUAGCUGGGUAUGCGCCGACGACAAUGCGCGAGUUCAUGGACUAUAUCCAGUCCGCCUUCUACGCUGCCACCGGCUGGAACCGCGACAAUAGCUACUCCUCGCUCAACGCCACCUCCGAUGCUCUUCUGAACUUCCCUACGCCUCGUGGCCUUCGCCUCACACUCUCCUCUCUCGCAACACCCCAGUUUGCAACUUCCUACCAGCUUGGCAGUGUGGGCAUUGUGGAUGGUUCUAUAUCGUACCUGUACUCGACGGUACCCCUCAGCAAUGCUAUUGCUCAGAGCGAGAAGAUACCCCUGCCUGAUCUCCUGAGGAGUUAUCGCCCACUUGCGGAGUUGCCCCAGAGGACGAGAGGAUUAGGCGGAAAGCUGAUCAAAGAUACGGUUUCCUAUGGGAGGCUCUACUUGCCGGCGUCGAUGCUGGAGGCGCUGGUGGUUAGGAGGGUUUCGCCUACGCUACAGUUGCAGCUGAGCGCCGUGUCGAGUGAGACGCUGCGGAAUGGGGGUACCAUCUUGGGUAUGGCACAAUACGACGAGGGUCGCUAUGCGGUAGAGGGUCUUGCAUCGACUGAUGGUGGAUUACUCGGAGUGCGCGGACUGUACAAUUUCGGCGGUGAUGUUGGACACCUGAACACGCCGGUUCAACUGGUAGCAGCUAAUGGCAACGGAACGGGAAACGGCGAGCGAGAACGGAUUUAUGGUCGGUUCAGUACAGGCGCUGAACUAUAUUACGGAACAUUGAACAAAUCCGGCGGGAUGAGUUUCGGUGCACGGUUCGCGACGCUGCCUACGCAUAAAGGCACCCCUCUUACGGCGACUAUGACUAUCAACCCGCUGAUGGGAAAUAUCAGCUGGAGCUACGCCGUCAUGGCUGGGAGUUACUGCUCUCUCGCCUCGAAGAUGGAUUUUAACGUCUACAGCUACGAAAGCGAUUGGGUGGUCGGCAUGGAACUCUGGAGGAAGAGAGGAUCUUGGUCUAUCAACGAAGAAUUAGACCAGGUACCGGCACCGGCACCAAUUAGCGCUACGUCUGAUGCUACGUCUGAUGCUACGUCUGACAGGAGUUUCCAAGCGAAAAUGGAAUGGAGAUUAGACGACACCCUCCCCAGUCCACCUCUAAACACGGGUGAGGUCGUGGCGUCGCCGAAAGAAGCAAUCCAGAACCAGCCAAAGAAGAAGAAGGAAAGGAGUUUCCAAGCUAAGUUGGAGUGGCGGCUGGAUGAUCCAGAUGUGGACCCGCCGGCCAAUGAAGAAGACGAAGAGUACUCGGGCGUCCUGAAGGCGCGCCUAGAUCAGCACUUACGAGUCGGUCUUUUGUGGGAGGGCCGAGUCAAGUCUUUGCUUUUUAGCCUUGGCAGUAGCAUCGACCUAAGGCGUCUCGACUCGCCUUUUCGCACUUUGGGAAUGGAAGUACAGUUCUCGUCGUGAUGACCGAGAAGAUGAUUGACGACAAAUGCAAACCUCGAUCCCUUAGUGGGUUGUAGUCACGAAACCCUCGCAAAACGCCGCACCUGCAUCGUUUGUCAAACUCGAAUUGGAGAUAUAUCAUUGACCGAUUGUAGAGUCAUUUACGGUCGCAUCGUCUGCUCCAUCGGUGGCACAGUCCACUCGCGGUGAUAUUGGUCCUCCCGAUAUAUUCCGCAUAUCCAAAAGAGUCGUUGAAUUGACAAUAAAUGAAAUUUGACGACAGGCAGGCGCGUCGAGUUAAUAUGUCAUAUUACCAUGGGCAAUGCUGCCAUUCGGUGAGCCAGGGGGCUUGGACACCUUGAUACCAGUUGUGUAGGUACAUAUCUGCCCUGGCUUGCAUAUUGGUGCGACCGGACUCGUAAUGACCCCAAAGGCGGCCUCACCCUACGAAUAGCCCUGCGACUAACACUUGCAAGGCGAUUUGAGAGUACCUAGUUGAUAUAAGUUGGACCACGCGGAGGAGCGCCGCUCUAGGAUCUCAGCAUCCAGCAUAAUGUCCUCUUGCCGCAAGGGUAGCUACUCCCUACUACAGACAUA